AUGCUGCGGCUGCUGAAUGGUCAAGCAAUCAGCUGUGACGGUGACAGCGUAGAGGGCCUGGGCAGUAAGCAGCAGCAGCAGCAGCAGCAGCAGCAGCAGCAGCAGCAGCAGCAGCAGCAGCAGCAGCAGCAGCAGCAGCAGCAGCAGCAGCAGCAGCAGCAGCAGCAGCAGCAGCAGCAGCAGCAGAGCCAUGCGGUACCCCUGCCAUCAAGAGACAUCAACAGCUCGUUUCGCUGGUCCCCUGACGACCUGCACCUCCUGCUCUCUGUUGACACGCUGCUGGCAGCGGACGUGGUGUAUGAUCCGCCCCUCACAGAGGCCUUUGUACACGCUGCAUCCUGCAUCAUGCGCUGGGUGGAGCGGCGGCGGCUGCUUGGCAGUGGCGGCGGCACCUCCCAGGGCACUGCGGCCGCUGCAGCGGCCCCUCUGCGGCUGCUGCUUGCGGCUGAGAAGCGCUACAAUUUCACCCUAUCAGACGCCACGCGGCCCCGUGCGGCGGCAUGGGAGCACUUCUUGUCAUUUGUUGACGUGGAGGGCGCAGACGCUGGUGUUCAAGGAGUAGGCGCCGCUGCCAAAAGUCCCUGCAGUAUGAUCGGUCUCCUGACCUGGAGCUUUGGGAGCUGA